AUGGCCUCCGAUCUCUUCACACGAAAAUCGACUUGGUACGGGGGUAGAGGCGUCUUCGCCAACAGCGCCAUCCCCGCUGGAACCCUGAUACACACGUGCCCUGGCCCGUAUGCAUCGGUCAUCUAUCGCGAGUUUCGCAAAGAAGUCUGUGCGCAGUGUUUCGCGUACUCCUUCGAUGUCCGCCGGAAUGCUUGGAACAUUAGAAACGAAGUGCCGGGGGCAGGUGUCUGGUUCUGCAGCUCAACCUGUCGUCAAGAAUGGAGCGGCGGGCCGAUGACCUUGACUGUCAACGCCGCGGUGGACAAAUUAUCGAAGGCUGACGGGAAACGGGGCGCCACAGCAUCAGCACAUUCCGCCCUUGCGGAGAACUCUCCUGGGAUCUCGCAGACUUCUAUCGAUUCUGCCUGGGAAAACGCGGCCCAGGGUCCGACAAGCGUUCGCCUGCCUUUGGAAGAACUAGAGCUGGAAACAGUCCGCUUCGUUCUAUCCGCCCUUAUUCGCCGACAUACUGACGAUGAAAACUCCUCUGGGACGCCUCUCAACAGCUGGCCUGAUCUGCUGGAGCUUCAGGACAACGAGCUUCCCUAUUACCGAAGCAAGCCGCACGCUCUGCCGUCGCACGUCCGCAUAUUCGCAUUCAUCCGCCAAGCCGUGCGCUCCUCGCCAGUUCUCGAGUGCCUGAAGCCCUACGUCGAGACCCCGGCCGCGGUGCGCGCCGUUCUCGCGCGGGAUCCGGGGAACGUCUUCGGGCUGUUCGAGAUGAACGAGACGGGCGACAGCGAGAUGUUCGGCUGGUGCAUGUACGUAUCGGCUUCGUUCUUCAACCACGGUAUGUCAUCGCCUUCGCUGUUCCUCGCUCCUCUCUCCUUAUUCUGUGUGGCAGAUUGCGAACCGAAUGUGCGCAAGCGGAGAGAAGGGCGGGCGCUGCACUUCUACACCACGAGGGACAUCGAGAAGGACGAGGAACUGUGCACGAACUAUGUCGAUCUCAAGGACAGCGUGUCGGAGAGACGGGAGCAGCUCCGUGCCCACUGGUAUUUCGAAUGUGCGUGCCAGAGGUGCCGCAGAGAGCUCGCGCUCGCAGGAGAGACACCCGACGAUGUGUGA